ACACCAAUCAAUGGCCAAGGCAUGACACCGCUCCGGCUAGUGACUGGCUGAGUGAUGGUGGUGAUGGGACGUCACUUCUGAAGCUCCGGCUGUCUCCAGGGAAACAGACUGUUGGAGACCAGGUACCCUGAUACCGGAGGCUAUGAGAGAGGAAACAAUGUUGUAUUGAGUAACACAUUAAACCAACAUCAAUCAACAUGUCGACCUACAUGCACAAGGAAUUUUCUCAGUUACAGCCAAUGCAGCAUAUUGGACACACAAAAACAGAUAUCAAAAGUUCCCCAUCUGGUCUACCAUCUGUUCUUGAGUACAAUGGCAAUCAGAACAUCAUGCCAGUUGACCAGAGUCCAGUGUAUAUUCCCUCCUCAUAUAUGGAAAACCGGCACGACUACUCCUCUCUGGCUUUCUGCAGCCCAUCAGUCAUAAACUACAAUGUUCCUGGAAAUUCUAGUGAUUCAGAGGGUCCAGUGAUGAGACAGACUAUGAGUCCUAGUGUGUUAUGGACCACUCCUGACCAUAUGUCUCCUGUGACUUUACAUUGCCAGUCUUCAUUGCUAUAUGCAGAGCCACCAAGAAGCCCGUGGUUUGAAUCCAAACCAGAAGAACAUAUGCUGCCAAUCAACAGAGAGACCAUGAAAAGAAAGUCCAUAGCAGCCGAUUGUACAAACCAUGUUGGAAGUAACCCUGGGUCCAAGAGAGAUACCCACUUCUGUGCGGUGUGCAGUGACUAUGCCUCUGGUUACCAUUAUGGCGUAUGGUCUUGUGAAGGCUGCAAGGCUUUUUUCAAGAGAAGCAUUCAAGGACACAAUGAUUACAUCUGCCCUGCCACAAACCAGUGCACAAUAGACAAAAACAGGCGCAAGAGCUGCCAAGCGUGUCGCCUGCGCAAGUGUUUCGAAGUGGGAAUGAUGAAAUGUGGAACAAGACGUGAGCGUUGUGGGUACCGUAUUAUACGUCAUCGCCGCCACUCCGAGGAACAGUUGCAUUGUUUUGGAAAAAACAAAAAAGUUAUUGAAACCAUAGGGCGUGUAAAUGAAGCUCUUCCGUGCUCCAUGGGCCCGGAACAGUUUGUUUUAUCUCUUAUCGAAGCUGAACCACCGAAUGUUCUGCUGAUGAACCGGCCCUGUAAGCCCUUCACCGAGGCUUCCAUGAUGAUGUCAUUAACAAAACUCGCCGACAAGGAGCUGGUGCACAUGAUAGCUUGGGCCAAGAAAAUCCCAGGUUUUGUAGAGCUGAGUCUCUAUGAUCAAGUUCGAUUGCUGGAAAGCUGUUGGCUGGAGGUGUUGAUGAUGGGACUUAUGUGGCGGUCAAUCGAUCAACCUGGAAAGCUUAUAUUUGCCCCCGAUCUAGCUCUUGACAGGGAUGAAGGCAAAUGUGUGGAGGGAAUAUUGGAAAUCUUUGAUAUGCUGCUAGCCACCACUUCAAGAUUCAGAGAUCUAAAACUUCAACACCGAGAAUAUCUCUGCCUUAAGGUGCUCAUCCUGCUGAACUCCAACAUGUUUCCACUAUCAACGUCAGGGGAGGAAAGCAGUCGCAAGCUGCACCAGCUAUUGAAUACAGUCACCGAUGGACUUGUCUGGGUUAUUGCCAAGAGUGGUAUCCCUUUCCGUCAACAGUCCACCCGGCUGGCUAACUUAUUGAUGCUUCUGUCACAUGUUAGACAUGCCAGCAACAAAGGAAUGGAGCAUCUACUGAGCAUGAAGUGUAAGAACGUGGUGCCCGUAUAUGAUCUACUGCUGGAAAUGCUGAACGCACAUACUCUGCGGGACCACAGAAAGCAGAUGCCACCCGCAAGUUACAGUGCCAAAACACAAAGUGACGGUAGGGACGCUAUGGCACAGCCACCUCAAUAAUCCAGCAAGGAUUGGUGUAAUGGGAAAUGAUGUGAUAGAACAAAGCCUGUACCUGUUUACAAGCUGCUCCUCACAGGAGAUGAUAGACUUUUGUGCAGAACACGAUGUCUGCUCUGGGAAAUGCAAACAGAAUGAAUAUAAUUUCCAAUGACAUUAGGAAUACACUUUGUAUAUGUGCUUUGAAAGGAUGAAACUUUUUUUUUUUUUUUUUCCUAGGGAUUCUCAGGUGAUUUGCUCAAUUUGCAUAUUUUGUAUAUAUAUUUGAUUGGCAGCACCAAGCCUUAUACAUAUGUCUGCACUGUUUUGUGACGUGAUGCUACAAGUUUGAAGAAUACCUUCAAGAGUUAUGCCCAGUGGUGGGUCCUUAUAGCAGUGGCCAUUAUGAAGUAGACCUGGCACCCAACAUACCCCUUCUUGAAAUGCUGUACCACCUACUACCCCUUAUGUUCCGUAAUUUAGGAAUCCUGAGGAUGAAUGCCAGCCAGCCAAAGGGGUAAAGUAAGGGCAUUUUGUUUUUGGUAAGGGCAUUCUCCUUCUUGGUCAUCAUGCCAAUAUUUGACCCAGAGGUGUAACCUGAAGCUCCUGUGCCCUAAUGCAAAAUGCUAAACUUACCAUGUGCUAUUUAUGAUAUUUUUCUUUUUUCUCUUUGAAUUAUUAGCUGGGCAUUUGAGCCCCCUCUGCAACCAGGGCCAAGGGCUACCAUUGCGCCCCUAUGACUUCACCAUUGGCUUGACCUGUAGUUCUUCUCACUAGUGUUUUCUUGUUCUGCAGAAAUCUGUUUGCACAUUAAUAAACUAGAAGUGUAGUUUGCUAGAAUCUCCAAACCUUAACUCAACCUUGGAAAUGUCCCACAAUUCAAAAAAGCAACAGUAAUACAGAUUUAGGUAAAUCUAGCCUAUGGGCAGAUUCAUUUAUGUUUCCUAGUUAUUGUAUUUUUGAUUUGUUAAGAAAUUCAAGCGAUUUUGCAAAUAGUUUAUUUUGAAUGCAAAAAGAAAUAGUUGGUAAGGUGUGUAUUUCCUUUUGCUGAAAUUCAGUUUAACUAGGUUCUUAUUUACGGUGCCCAUUUCCCGCAGUGAUUUAUAGAUUGGAUGAUCCAACAGUAACAAUCUCCUACAGAGCCGCUAAUUAAAAAAAAAGUACAAAAGACUUUAUCAGCUGGUACAGCGACAUAUCCGCAAAGUGAGAGCUGCACUCAAGACUUCAGGCCUCCUAUUGGAGCAUUGAUUUUGAGCUUAUUAAACCAUAGCUUUAGUGGGAAACCAUUUUUUUCAUAGUUAUCACUAAAAAGGGGUGAAUGAUGGAACAGGAUCAGGUCAGGAUCCCUUAGUUACUGCUUAUUACUGUGUGUUAAAAAAUACUUUCUGCUGAUGUCACUGACAAUCUUCUCUACUCAUUUUUGGAUAGAAUUGUUUGGGUUCAAUGGAAAUGGAAGCAACCAGUAUUCAUUUACAUCUCAGGCCCCUGUACAAACAGAUUGGGGGACAUUUAUCAAAACCUGUUUAGAGAAAAACUUGCCCAGUUGCCCAUAGCAAACAAUCAGCUCGCUUCUUUCAUUU